ACACACACACACACACACACACACGCACACACACACACCAGGACCAAAUGAUUGAGGCAACUGAGGUUCGUCUUUCAGAUCGAAGAAACGCCGGGAUUUAAAUCACUGAUAGCCGAAGGAGGAGGGAAAUCUCAGCCACUCGCAACAUUUGGGGCAGCGGAAGACAAGAGUCGGGGAGGAAAGAAAGAGAAGUGGAGUGACCCGAGGAAACCAGUAGAUGGAAACAGCUGCUGACCUCUGACCUCUGCACCGCCGAUCCACAAUGUCUGUCCUGCUGCACGUGCUGCUGACCCUCUGCCUGACCGUCACACAGGGUGGUUGUACGUAUUCUAACAACCACUGGGGAGAAUGGAACGACUCUCAGCUGCAGCCAACGAUUCAGAAGCUGAUGAAAGGAUACAACCGCUACCUCAGACCUAAUUUCAAUGAGGGCCCUGUGGAAAUUGGAAUGAGUCUCGACAUCGCCAGCAUCGAUGCCAUCUCUGAAAUCAAUAUGGACUACACCGCAACCAUCUUCCUCCGUCAGCGCUGGCGGGACUCGAGGCUCGUGUUCCCCGGAAACGAGAGCGUCAGCGUGGACGGCCGCCUCGUGUCACUGCUGUGGAUCCCCGACACCUUCAUCCCCGACUCCAAGCGCUCCUUCCUGCACGACGUCACGGUGGAAAACCGCCUCAUACGCAUUUUCAGCAACGGAACCGUUCUCUAUGCCCUACGCAUCACGGCUACGAUUGCCUGCAACAUGGACCUGACCAAGUACCCCAUGGACAGACAGGUGUGCACCCUGCAGCUGGAGAGCUGGGGCUACAACCUGCAGGAUGUGGUGUUCUACUGGACCCGAGGGAAUGAUUCAGUGAAGGGUCUUGACAUUCUGCGGCUGGCUCAGUACAGCGUGGAGAGCUACUACACAUCGGUGUCAGAGGCCGUGUACGAGACAGGACAAUACCCCAAGCUGGUGUUGCAUUUCGCACUGCGUAGAAACGUUCUGUUCUUCAUCUUGGAGACGUACGUUCCCUCCGUCCUGCUGGUGGUUCUCUCCUGGGUCUCUUUCUGGAUCAGCCAGUCCUCCGUUCCAGCUAGGACCUGCAUCGGAGUAACAACAGUCCUGACAAUGACCACACUGAUGAUGGGCGCCCGCACUUCCCUGCCCAAUGCCAACUGCUUCAUCAAGGCCAUCGACGUUUACCUGGGAAUCUGCUUCACCUUCAUCUUUGGCGCACUGGUGGAGUACGCCUGCGCCCACUUCUACACCAUGAAGCACCACACCAUCGAGGACCUACACAGGGAGCUUCAGAGGGAGUUUAAUGAAUCCAACGGGAACAGCUCCAUCCCCAUCGUCAGGUCCACCCAACCGAACCAGUCCAUGGUGAUCGCCACCACCGCGGAGCAGUCGGCCAACAGUGACACGAGGAACAAUGCUGGAGCCAAAGACAAGGCGCCAGGACAGGGCUGCGGCCCGUCUUCGGCGAAGGACGUGUUGUGUCGGGUGGUGUCAGUCUUCGUCGUGGAAAAUCCGCACGACAUUGACCGCCGCUCUCGCAAAGUUUUCCCCCUGGCAUUUCUCUUUGUCAAUAUCCUCUACUGGCUUUACUAUCUCUUUCUCUGAGCGUUCAUUUCCCAGCUGCUGCGUUGUUCACUUCCUGAAGCUGCUAUACCUCCUCAUUUGAGACCCCAAUACCAGUUGCCACUGCCUGGAUUUAAGCUGAUCAUACAAGCUUUUUUUGUAUCACAUGAAUAAAACCUCUUUGUCCCGCAGACAGGGCGACAAAGUGAUGAAAAGCAGUUGAGUUAGGAACCAGAAAGUCUUCUUUGUAGCACACUCCGUAUUGAAACCUAUAAUUGUAUGAAUGGGUGGCUUCUAACAUUUUAACAUGUAGAAGUGACGAUACAAAGCCUGUAUCCGUCUAUUUAAUUACAAUUCCACGGAACAAAUGAGGAUGAGUCAUCUAGUUGUAAACAAUAGGCUGCCUGAACUGCAUUGAAUUGCCUUUAUUAAGUGACUGCUGUCGAUGUGCGUCUUCCUUCUUCUUGUUUUGGCUGUCAUACAUUGUUUGUAUGAAACCAUUAUACUGUAUAUUUACUUCACAGCAUAUCAUGUGAAAUUAAAAGUAAUAAGUCAGUGACGGAGAAUGCAAAGUAUAGGUCUGUGCUGUAACAAUUGAUUAAAGAUCACCUGUGUGAGAAUAAGACACAUUUAUUAUUCCCUUAUCCAGGUAGGAGAACA